GUCACGAAAGCGAGCCCGCCCGCGCGGUGCCUGCCUGCCAUCGGGUGAUCGGGGUCGGGGCAUGGCACAGCCGAGGGCCAACGGCACCGGCGCGAGAGCGAGCUGAAGAAUAAAACUUGCUUGCUCCGUGCUCCCCUACCCUCUCCACGCCCGCGCGCGGCGCACCUGGCAGGCAGCAGCGCGUGGCGGAGCCGAACCGCCAGCGGGGAAGGUAGGGAGGGCACGCACGCACGCGCGCGCACGACUCCUCGUGCAAACUCCGAACCACCACCCACCUCGCCCCCACGUUCCCCUUACUCCCGCGCGGUUGCCGACCGGAGCGGCCAAGGUGAUCGAUCGAGCUCCUGCGCGCGCUUGGGUGUGUCCAAACUCCAAGCCAAACCAAGCCAGGAGUGCACGCGCGCUUGCGCUUGCUUCAGCCAUGGUCGCGUCGUCGUCGUCGUCGUCCCCGGCGUCAUCCUCCUCCUCCUCGUCCUCCAGCUCCAGCCCCGUCCCGUCCGGCGCCCACCGCCGCCGCCUGGCGGACGUGGAGCGCGACGCGGCCGCCGACUGCUGCGGCGUCCCGAGCGACGACAGCGACGGCGGGACCGAGCGCCGCGGGCACGUGAAGGCGCUCCUCUUCGCGAGGAGGAGCGGCGGCAGCGGCAAGCGGGUGCCGGCGGUCGACCGGGCCUGGGUGAGGAACGCGGUGGCGUGCCUGCUCGGUGCCACCGUCGUCCUGGUCCUCGUCGUGAGCUCUCGCCGGGGCGACGUCGGCGCGGGGAGGCUCGUGCGAAGGGUGGACGCCGGCGACGGCGAGGUGCUCGGGUGGAGGGAGGAGAACCUGACCGCCAUCGCUCGCCGCCCGCCCGACCCGCCGAUGACCCAGAUAUGGACGAAACUGGAUAACAAGGGUUACACAAAAUGUAUCGAACGCCCAAAAAACCGUUACAGAAUCAACAGUGCAACGGCUGGUUACAUAAUCGUCGACGCCAAUGGUGGCCUGAACCAGAUGAGAAUGGGAAUAAGCGAUAUGGUUGCAGUUGCUAAGCUCAUGAACGCCACCCUAGUAAUCCCUACUCUGGAUCAUAAAUCGUUCUGGACAGAUCCAAGCGAUUUCAAAGAUAUAUUUGACGUUGAGCACUUCAAGGAAACUUUAGAAAAUGACAUCAUGAUUGUGGAUUCCUUGCCACCAGCUUACAAAAGAUUGAAACCCUAUAUUAGAGCGCCCAAGUCCUGGGCCAAGGCUUCUUAUUACAGAGCUUUCACAAGGACACUGAAGAAGACCAAAGUUGUGAAAUUCACACAUACAGAUUCUCGGAUUGUUAACAAUGGUCUCCCUCCUUCCAUCCAACGACUCCGUUGCCGGGCAAAUUACGAGGCAUUAAGAUACAAGAAAGAAAUCGAAGAGCUAGGUAAUACUCUAGUUGAUAGACUGAGGAAUGGGUCCAGCAAUUAUAUCGCACUUCACUUAAGGUACGAGAAGGACAUGCUCUCGUUUACAGGCUGCAGCCACAACCUAACACAUCAAGAGGCAGAGGAACUUAGGGAAAUGCGACUCAAGGUGCAGCACUGGAAAGAGAAGGAAAUCAACAGUGAGGAGAGGCGACUCCAAGGAGGCUGCCCUAUGACUCCUCGCGAAGCAGCUCUUUUCCUAAAAGCUAUGGGUUAUCCUUCCAGCACGAAGAUCUACAUUGUAGCAGGUGAACUGUAUGGUGUACAUAGCAUGGAUGCAUUAAGGGCUGAAUAUCCAAAUUUCUACACACAUUAUAGUCUGGCAACAGAAAAUGAAUUAGAGUCUCUCAAGCUGUACCAAAACAGAUUAGCUGCUGUGGAUUACAAUGUAGCCCUCCAGAGUGACGUUUUUGUGUAUACAUAUGAUGGAAAUAUGGCUAAAGCAGUCCAGGGUCAUAGAAGAUAUGAAGGAUUCCGAAAAACCAUUAACCCCAACAGGCAGAAGCUUGUCGAGAUGAUUGACAAGCUUGAUGAAGGUACAAUAAAUUGGAAUGAGUUUGAAAGUGAAGUGAAGAUGCAUCAUGAAAACAGGCUUGGAGGUCCAUAUCAGAGGCUGUCUGGUCGAAGUGCAAGGCAUGAGGAGUACUUUUAUGCAAAUCCUCUUCCAGGGUGCUUGUGCAAAAGAAACACACAGGAUCAGGUGGCAUGAACUUACUAUACAAACUACUGAGGAAUGGAUAGUUCAUUCCUCAAGUGUACAGCGAGCUUAACUGCAUGUAGCAUGGACGCAGAAUUUCGUCCAACUCAUUGAUAUACAGCAAACAGCACAAGUCCUGGUAAACUGACAGCAAGAGCACAUAUUAUUUUUCUAGACGCAGAUAGAAUUCGUGUACUUUUCAAUCUUCCACAAGGAUAUGGGAGGGAGCACUCACUGAGAUGCGCGCUUUCAAAUAAUUAUUCAUCCAAGUUUAAAAAUAGAAGAGGCAAAGAAAUUCUAAGAGGAUAUAUGUGCCACAAGAGGAUAGAAUUAGCUAAAUUGAACAGUUUUGUAUGCUUUACCCUAUAGUCCAGAAUACAGUCUUACCUCUUUUUGAUAAAUUUGAUUUUAUUCAUUUUAUUAGGCACAGGUGCAAAUUAUGUGUAUGCACAAUGAUUCCCUUCGAGGGUGGCCUCCACUCAGGCAAGACCUCGUUCUGGUCUUACCCUUCCCGGAUCAAGAUUUUAUGUACAAGCAACAAAUUAUAUCCUUUUCUAGCCUA